ACCCGGCACCACCUAGCCAAACGAGGCACAAGGGUCCCGCAUAGCUGGCUGGCUGGCUGGCUGGCUGGCUCCUGCGCCUCGAGGUCCAGAAGAUCUUUCCCGUACGCCCUGCGCCGGCACCAAAGCCCGCGGGCGUCGUGCAGCGGGCCAUAAAGCCCCCCCUCCCCCUCCCUCCCGGCCGAUCACCCGCCCGACGAUUAACGAGUGUUCAGCCCUCGCUUCCCGCCGGAGCCUACCACGAUCCCUCAGCCCUACCUGCUUACGAUAUACGCGAGUCUAGGCGGGCAGUGACGAAGAGGGUGGGAGAGCGAGCCAACGAGCUUACUAUCGCAUCUGAAGCGUGGGAGAGGGAUGCUGAGAACGGGACUUGCUGCAAAUCUCGCUUCUCUCCCUCUCCCCCUCUCUCUGUGUGCCUCUGACCCUUUGUCUCCAUCGACUCGUCCCUCGCAUAAGAUCCCACUUACCUCCGCUAGCCAGAAGGGCCUUUUACCCACAAACAAACGAGGUCUUGGGGGCAGAGAGAGAGACUCAGCUGCACUGCAGUUGCGUUGGUAUGCGCAGGGGAUACUUCGGAUCGCCGUGGCGCCCAAUUGGAUGUCUCCGAUGAGGCAGGCGGAGAAGGAUCUCUGCCAAUUAGAGAUGCAGAGAUGGACAGGGGGCCGUGCUGAUAGAGGGCCUCCUGGAAGCAACGCCAGGGGUCUAAAGUGAAACCCUUGAUUGCACCAGCCGGCCGAGCCGAACCACCUCGAU